AUGUACCCUUUGAAUCUCAUAUGUGUGAGUUUUACCCUUUUAGGGUCUGUAUACGCCUCUAUCGAUGCGACAUAUGACUUUAAGUCUGGAUUGCGACCGGAGAAUGUCACUGGUCUAAACUAUGGCUUUUACUAUGCAACUGGCUCGUACUAUAAUGGUACUGUCACUUUCACUCUAAGGUUGCAAGAUCCAGAUGUCAACGAUGAUGGCCAUGGCUCCGAUAAUGACCCUCGUUCAAAUCCUUGCGCAAGAUUUAUAGGCAGCACAAUACAUGCUUCCAUGGAUGCAGUUGCGGCAAUUUCAAUGCCUAUUCAUUCUGAUCAUUCGGAAGGGGAGGAUGCAAGCAAUCCGAUACGCGUCCGAAUUGCGGCUCGGGUAAAAGGCACUAACAGUACUGGUUCCGAAGAUGAUAAGUAUCAAACAUAUGAAGUUUACUCUAACGGGGCCAGAAGUCCAAAUUGGUUUUUGAACACCAGCCAAUCGUCCGAUGUCCAAUAUCAAUUCUCAGGGAUCGCAGCCAACGACAGCUUCUUCGGCACCAAUUUUGCUCUCAAUUUAACACAACAAUGCGCAGGUUCCAGUAUACCCGACUCCUCUGAGAUCGAACAAUGUCUCUACGCGGGAAGUAUAUUGCAACCAUUUACUUUCAAUAACUCUAAUCUGGGCAAAAUCGACUGGACUAAAUCUAUCCCCUAUCCUCAAAUGAAAGUUCAAUUCGAUAACAAUUCUGCAUCGAUUGAUAUCACUGGCUUAUUCGAGAUGGAGCCCAAGUCUGCGCUUGUGGAGAUUGUGGGCAGUGUCGAUAUUGGCUUCUCUGGCACGCUCGAUGGCCUACGAUCUGAUAGUCUACUUCUCGGCCAAGGGAAACCGAAAUGGAAUGCGACGUUGGGGUUUACUAUCGAUAGUGUUAUAAAGAGUGAGGCUGGAAGAUCCUGA